GACGGCCGUGGCGUGCGUGCCUGAGCUUGAACAUUAAUGUAUUUUAACUUAUCUGCCUAUUUCAAAUAAAAGCUGACUAUAUGAAAUUAUAAGAGAAGAGUUUUGAAGACAAUAUCAUACAUAAAACGAAACUACUUUAUUACCUUUCAUUGAUUUAUUGACUUUCAUUGACAUAUUUACAAAACUUUGUGCAGCGUGCUUUUGCCGGAUCUGUUGGAAAAUGACUGACCAUGUGGAAAAUGGGGGCCAAAGUGACUGUGAAAAUUAUUUUAAUCUCAAAGAAAUGCCACAUAUUGUGAAGCCUCUGGAUCGUCGUCAGAAGAUUCAACCAGACAUUCUUCAUGCAAUUGGAAACACACCACUUGUAAAACUUUCAAAAAUUCCCAAAGAUGAAGGAAUCCAGUGUGAAAUGUAUGCAAAAUGUGAAUUUUUAAACCCUGGUGGCUCCGUGAAAGACCGUAUUGCUUACCGAAUGGUAUUAGACGCUGAAAAUAGAGGUAUUCUGAAACCAGGCAAAUCUGUAAUUAUUGAACCAACAUCUGGAAACACUGGCAUUGGUUUAGCAUUGGCUUCAGCCGUAAAAGGCUACAGGUGUAUAAUAGUUCUUCCUGAGAAAAUGUCUGACGAGAAAGUAAACACACUUCUGGCAUUGGGAGCAGAAAUAGUAAGAACACCCACAGAAGCUGCAUCUAGUGAUCCUGAUAGCAACAUCAUGGUUGCACAAAGGCUUUCCAAGGAAAUACCUAAUGCGGUUGUUUUAGAUCAGUACAACAAUCCUUGCAACCCGCUCGCCCACUACGAUACCACGGCUGAAGAAAUCCUGUGGUCCCUUGAUGAUGAUGUGGAUAUGGUGGUCAUAGGCGCCGGAACCAGUGGCACCGUAUCUGGUGUCGGACACAAGAUCAAGGAGCGCUGCCCCAACUGCAUUGUGGUCGCUAUCGAUCCACUCGGGUCCAUACUGGCUGAGCCCGUUGAGGGGAACAAGACCGACGUCCAGUAUUACGAGGUGGAAGGUAUUGGCUAUGACUUCUUGCCACGUACCCUGGACCGCGGCGUUAUAGACCGGUGGCUGAAGUGCAAUGACGCGGACUCGCUGCAAAUGUCCAGGCGGCUCAUUAAGGACGAGGGAUUCCUUUGUGGUGGCAGCAGUGGGGCGGCGAUGUGGGGUGCAAUACAAGCAGCGCGUUCGCUGCGCCCCGGCCAGCGCUGCGUCGUCUUACUGCCCGACAACAUCCGCAACUACAUGACCAAGUUCAUAUUUGACCAGUGGCUCGAAGUCAGGCACUUCAAGCCGCUGCUGCAGAACGACAAGUUAUGGUGGUGGAAUAAACCCGUGACAGAAGAAGUGACACAACCCGUGACCAGUAUUUCAGUUGAGACCACAACUCAGGAAGCACUUGCUACGUUAAAGAACACAAAAGCGCCUCUACUUGUCGCUGUUAAUGAUAAGGGAAGCGUAGUGGGAGUCGUGACGGCGGAUAACACGCGGCGUCGUCUCGCAAACCUGGCGGGCUCUACCACUGAGGGUCUGGACAAGUUCCUCGUCAAGAAGUACUACCGCGUGGAUCUGGCUCACCAACCCGCACUCACGCUGGGAUACGUGUCGCGUAUACUCGACAUCGCGCCCUUCGUACUGGUCGUCAAAUCAGAUCAUCCAGUGGGAAUAAUAACUUCUGAAGAUUUAUUAUUAGCAACUAUGUCCGAAAAUAAACAAAUGAAUGGUAAAUAGGACUGGAGCCCAUAAAUGCAUAAUAUUAUACUAUACUAAACUAGGUGAAUAUGUCACCUGGAUACCUACAAUUAAUCAUGUAUGAAUAAAAUUAUGUUUGUAUUCUUAUGUACUAUUUUAAGCUUAAUUAAAAUUGACAUUGAUACACUUAUACAUGACGACCUUCUAGGGAUAGAGUAUAAAAGUCGGUUAGUCGGGAGUAAAAUAGUUGGUCUUAUGCCCAAUAAUGCAGUCUGCAAGUUGUGCUUCCUUGAAAUGUAUUUAAAAAAAAUAUUUAUGAUGUUAUGUUAAGUUGGUAAGGAACAAAGGCCACAAUCAAUGAUAUCACAAGAAACUAAUACUUGAAACAUGUUUAUAUGUUAUUAAAUAAACAAUUUAAAAAGACA